AUGGUGAAAGCACUCAGCGCCAAGAUCGACGCAUUAGUCAAGGAAUACGACAACCGACUGACUUGCAUGGAUGGCACCACGGCCAGAACCAUAGAGGUCAGAGAGCUUUUCGUAUCAGACGUCUGGCCUCGGGUUGAGGGUGACUUCAAAAGAAUGCUCGAGCUUUUGAAGCAGUUUAUCCAGCAACGCCUCGACGCCAACAACCUACCGGGCAAGGUCGAGGUCCGAGCCAAGGAAGCCAGAUCGAUAGCAUCCACCCUCGUGCGCCGAGAAAAAGAGUUCGACAUACACUGCCACAGCAUUCGCCACGUGUUUGAACAGAUGCAUGAUCUCGCCGGCUGCAGAAUCGUGUUGCAGUCUGUUGAUGAUCAAGAACGUGGUGUGGAGCUCGUCAAGACCGAGUUCUGCUCCAAGAAGCUACAUGUCGAGAUCACUGGCAAAGGAGGCAGCUUAUGGCCGGUCCGGUUUGGGGCUUACAGGUCAAGUAACCACCGGGUUGGGCUUGGGGCGGAGGCAGCUGAUGCCUUGACGCGCAACUACAAAGACGUCAUGUUUGAGAUCCAAGUGACGGACUGGAUUCAAAACACCUGGAACAAAUAUGCGCACAAGAUACUCUACAAGGGACAGUUUGGUGAGCCUUGCAGAGUCACACAGCAGCUGGUAGACCUGCUCAAGGGAAACCUCACCUCGCUCGACGUUGUUCUUAACUCUAUCCACGAUGUCCUUCGCGCUUCGAAGCAAAGGUUUGCGGGCGUGGGUCCCAAUCAUCAAGCGGCCAUUGCAGCGAAUUCGGCAUUGGAGGUCCUGGGUCCUGAAAUGAGAAAUGCCGUUCAAGAGGUCAUCAAGGAAUGCGUGCAGAGCGUGGAGAACGAGUCCUUUGCUCUACCAAAGACACAGGGGCUACAGUACUGUAGAGACCUGAAGAAACAACAGACAGAGGUAAUGAGUGCAUUUGUCCACGAACUUAGGCAGGAGAUUCUUCGCAACCGUUUUGCCGCCCGCCGCAAAGCAAUGAUCCAAAGACUCAGCAGCAUUUCAAGCUCUAGAGACGCCAAAGACAUGAUCUCAGCCCCAGAGCCCGGGACAGGAGAAUGGUUCAAAAAUCAUCCCAGCUACAAGACCUGGUUAACAAGCAAAUCAUCCAGUCUGCUGUGGGUCUCGACCGAAGCCGGCUGUGGUAAAUCGGUCCUCGCCAAACAGCUCGUAGACAAGUUGCUGCCACUGCCAGGCUCGGACUCUAGGGUAGUCUGCUACUACUUUUUCCGAGACGAUCUGGACAACUCCAAGGCUGCCCCUUCAGCCCUGCGCACCAUGCUCCACCAGAUCUUUGACCAAAGAGAGGAUUUGCUCACCAACGACCUUUUGGAGCACCUUGAAAAUGCGGGUGACACCAUGUCCGAGUCGUACGGACUGCUCUGGAACAGCCUCGUGUCGGUUGCAGAGCAAGAGAAUGGUCCUGAAGUCGUGUGUGUUUUAGAUGCCUUGGACGAGUGCGCGAGCAAGGGCCGUGACACGAUAACAAAAUCCUUGCGAGAGUAUUACGGUCCCACCGACAACAGUGACGGCGGCAGCGGCCAAAACAACUACGCACCCCAACUUGGCAGGCUAAAGAUCCUUUUGACCAGUCGUCCUGAAGAAAGCAUCAAGCGACAACUGCGCUUCAUGACCUCCACCAUUGGGCCACAGAACCGACAUGUCUGUCUUCAUCUGCAGGGGGAGGGGGAGGAAUGGAUACAGCUGAUCGAGAAGGACAUCAAAAUCGUCAUUGAGAAAAUCGUACUCGAGCUAACAGAGGACCUAAGCCUCACAACUGAACAGGAACAAGCCCUCCGCCUCAAGCUUUCAGAAAACAGAAACCUCACCUACCUUUGGGUCAAGCUCAUGCACGACUAUUUGGCAAACCAAGACGACAUCCUAACCCCUGGGGCAUUCGACCAAAGCCUGCAGACGUUGCCGGUCGAGGUGGAUGAGGCUUAUGAGAAGAUACUGCACCGCCGGCCUAACCCCUCACAGACGAAUAACGUCUUGAGGAUACUGCUAGCGGCGUAUUGGCCACUUUCACUACAAGAGUUUGCCAUAGCCUGGGCGGUAAAUUUCACAACUCCCCGUCCGGAAUGGUUGCAACAAAGAAUCCCGCCGUUUGCGCUUCAAGAUGUGAAGCCUGCCUCUGAAGAGCAAGCAAGGAAUCACAUCAAACGACACUGCGGUUCCUUGGUCAUAAUUGUGGACAACAAAGUCAGCUUUCUCCAUCAUACCGUCAAAGAGUUCUUGGUAUGUCUGCCGAGUCUGACGAUUAUGAGCACCGAUUGCAUGGUACAAAGUUGGAAACGUUCAAUUGACUUGGACGAGGUUCAUCACGACUUUUUGAACAUAUGCGUCAAGUAUCUCGCCAGCAUUCCUUACGGGAACCAUUGGAAUAUAAGCUUUGAAGAAGUCGUGGGUAAAUUCCCAUUCUUCUUUUAUAGUGCACAGCUAUGGCAGUUUCAUUGGGAACAAUGUGCUCGAAGGGAAUUUUUUCAAGCUACUAUCAAGGAUUACAUGUUGAGUCUACAGUACAAAGGAGUUAACAGAAGAUUCUGGCAUGUUUUACGGUAUAGGGUGACGAGAUACUAA